AUGGACUGUCUUUCAGAGAUCUUCUCUUCCAAGAAAAUCAAAGAUCAUGAUCAACAAUUGAUUCAGAUUCCCUCCACUCCAUCUCCAUGCCAACCCCAUAAUCAAGAUCUGGCCACAAAUGAUCCUAAUUAUAAAAGGAAGCGGUCGACAAGUGAUCAUAAUGAAAGAGAUUCUUUAACCAGAACCACUUCGGUUCAGAAGAAAAUAUUGCAUAGAGAUAUUGAAAGACAUAGAAGGCAAGAAAUGGCUUAUCUUUAUGCUAAUCUUAGAUCACAUCUUCCUUAUGAAUCUAUCAAGGGAAAGCGAUCAUCAUCAGAUCACAUGAAAGAAGCAGUGAAUUACAUCAAACAAUUAGAGAAUAACAUCAAAGAACUUGAAAUAAAGAGAAAAAAACUUGAAAAAUUGGCCUUGUGUUCUUCCAAGGAGAAUAAACAUUUUCACGAUUAUGUGACAAUAAACUCAUGCGACUGUGGUGUGGAGAUUUUGAUAAAUGAAAGGCUUCCCCUCUCAAGAGUGCUUGAAGAGCUAGUGAAGAGACAACUCAAUGUUGUUAGCUGUGUCUCAACCAAAGUAAAUGAAAGAUUACUCCAUAGGAUUCAACUUGAGGAGAGUGAUGUUUCAUGCACGUGCAUGGAUGGUUUGGUACAAAAGCUUGCUGAGAUGAUUGUGUUGGACUCUUGA